CUAAAGGGAAUGCUAGGAACCGAACUCCAGACCUCUGCAGGAGUGGUAUGUGAUCUCAACUCCUGAGCCUCCUCUCCAGCCCUGUCACCCAUUGUUUCUAACGAGCUGCCAGCUGCCAGAGCUCCCAACUCUCACACUAGCUUGUGGCUUCUUUGCUGCGCAGUGAAAAGGACAGGAAAUAAAGACAAAGAGAAGGAAGGCUCAAGCCACGUGCGGUGUGCAGGGGACAGAAGCUCGUCAGCUGAGGGCUUGGCUACUCCUCUGACCAUACAUGGCGUAGCAAGGGCUUUCCUGGGACUACCUCUAGCCCUGCCUCCCCAGCAUUCCCAGCAAACGGGAGACACUGGCCGACAGUGCCAGUGACAGAGAAGCUUGCCAAGGGAGCCUGUUAGAAAUGAGUUUUUCACUGAACUUUACACUGCCAGUAAACACAACGUCCUCUCCAGUUGUCACGAGUGCCAAAGGCGAUGACUGUGGUCCCUCUAUUGGACUAGCGGCCGGAAUCCCCUCCCUGCUGGCCACAGCCCUGCUGGUGGCCUUGCUGUUUACCUUGAUUCAGCGAAGAAGAAGCAUCGAUGAGCCCAUUGAGGAAAGUGAGAGACCAUGUGAAAUUUCAGAACUCUAUGACAAUCCCAAAAUAUCUGAGAAUCCUAGGCGGUCACCGACCCAUGAGAUGGACCCACGAGGUGCCCAGGAAGGCCACAUAUAUGUGAAGACAGUCUCUGGAAGUGAGGAGCCCCUGCCCGACACCUACCGUCCUCCCGAAGAAAUGGAGAGAAGGAGAGGGCUGUGGUGGCUUGUGCCAAGGCUGAGCCUAGAAUGACAGGGCUUUGUCAGGGAGCUGACCUGGAGCUGGCCCAGGGCUGAAAACCCCGGGAUCUGUGCUUGGGAACUGUGCUUGGAGAGGCGAGGGGCUAGCUGCCUCUCAUUCCACAUAAAUUUCAUUUAUAGAUCCGGGGUGUAUCUGGGUUGUUUUUCCUCAUCAGGGGAUGCUGCAAUAAGGUUCAUUCAACCUCAGAGCUUGCAGCUUAAUCAUCGAUACAGCCCAGGUGAGUUCCUGUGCAUUCAGAAGAGCCCCCUUUGUCCCAUUUCUUAAUCCAGAGAAGUUUGCUUUUGGGAAAUAGGCUUGGCUUCUGAGUGUCCUGCCUUCUCCUCUGCCUGCCCCAUCUCUUAUCUUAAAAAAGUAAGUAAAUAAAGCUAUGGGAGUUGGAUUUUCUGGGUCAUUGGCCAAGGCCAGCUUGGCACAAGCUAGGACAUGAGUGAAACUUACAGAAGACAUGGGAAAGAAGAUAUUUCUUCCUUCUGAAUAUCUCAGGGUAAGGCUCACAUGGAGCCACACAUGCAUCCAACACAGGGAAGCAUGUGGCGAGACCACGUCAUACAGCCGAGAAGGGGAUAUGGACUUCUGAGUCAGACCUGCCACUGAGCAGCUGUGAGAAGUCUGAUGGAGUCACCUACACUCCCCAAGUCUGUUUGGGGUGGUAUAAAAGAGUGUGUGUGUGUGUGUGGGGGGGUAUUCUGUGCUUCCUUUGGACUUUGGAGAAAUUACAUAAGAACUAAAGGGAAGUGUUUUCCACCUCGUGGACACUGGCAAUACCCAUUCCCACUCCUGACCCUGCUCCUCACACCUCCUCCCAUCCCGCUUGUCCGAUCAAGUCAAACAGCUGCUCUUCAGCACCUGUCACCCAGAGUCACAAAGUCAACAAGGAAGUGUAGAUUCCAAACUUUCCACAUGACCUGCAAUCCAAAUUGGGGCAUUUAAAAAUAACUCUCAUUGUCUGCUCACUUGAACUCUGGACAUCAUUUGUCCUUGUGCGUCAACCAAGUUUCAACUUCCAAGUACAGAGGCCUGCGUUACAC